AUGCUAGCACAGGGAAGAGAUAUUGUAGUGGUGGGAAGAACUGAUGAAGUAUGUGUAUUUAGUCUGGCGAAAGGAAUGGAGCGGAUUAUGCUAGUUAGGGGAAGAAUGGAGGUUUCAUCCGUUGGACUGAGUCCUAAAGAAUCCUAUGUUUUGAUCGGUUGUGCUAAUGGAAGCGUGCGUCUGGGAGAGAUUCAACCCAAUAGUGAAGUCAUCUUAGAGGAUUUAGUUGAAGUAAGUAAGCUGGGGCUAAGAGUAACCUCUAUCUUUAUGGUAGAUGAUGUGGCUUAUCUUGGUUCUGAGAAUGGAGUGGUGAGAGUAGUGAGAAUAGAAAGGGGCAGUGCAGUAGGUAGUAUUAGUGGUCUAGCCAAUCAAACAGGCGAGUCGUUGCCUGAAAGUGGCGAUGCCUGGAUGCGAACCAUGGAAAGUGAAGAGGAGACAGAAGAAGCAACCAAAGCCGGCGACUCUUUAUGGACUGAUAAGUCUCUUCAAGGAUCGGGUCGGUAUGAGUUUAGUGUUAUUAGGGAGAUUAAACAUACAACACCGAUUGAAAGUAUAUGUGUACACGGCCAAAAGAUCUAUAUUCUAGAUAUGCGGGGUAGGAUUAAGAUCUUUCCUUCACGAGUGGUGUAUGACCAUGUUAGUUUAGCCUUCUUUAAGAAAUACUUGUUGUGUGCUGAGGAGAAUGCUUUGUUUGCUGAGAUAGGCGAGAGUUUAGCUUCUAUCUAUUUUGCUGGUUCGGGGAUUAGAGCCAUGACUAGUAGUGCAUUGGGUGAGUAUCUUUUUCUCUUGACUAAAGCUCAUGUUGAGAUUGUGAGAAUUACUAGUACGGGCGGCCAAAAGAUGCAUACGAUUAGUGUAGCUAAAGAUAUCCAGCACUUAGUAGUUGAUUCGGAAAGAUCAAUAGUUUAUGGUGUUGAAUGGAGUACUUUAUCCAAAUCAGCGAUGAACAUUACUCGAUUGGACUUGCAGUAUGUGUGGAUUGACCGGCCUAUGGUUGAUCUUAAGAUUAGAGAAAGUAUCAUUGAAACUGUGAUUGCUCCAGAGGAAGAAGCCGAAGAAGAAGAGCGUCAGGAAUACUUUGACAUACCAGCACCUAAAUCCCGUAAGACAUCAGCACAGCCCCGGGCCCUUUGGGUCUCAGAAGAGAGCGAUCGUGCUAAGAGCAAGCAAAUUGCCGAUAGUGCGCUAAUGGAGUUAUUUGAAAGCGAUGAUGAGGGUGUAUCGGAUGGCGAAAUGGCCCAGGAGUGUAAAGUAGUGCAAGAAACGCUAGCUCAGUCUAGGGAAGAGUUUGAAGCAGUUCCUAAUACUCGUCUGUUAUCUAAUCUUUAUUCAGAAUGUACUCAAAAUGGGGUUAUAGGUUCAAUUUAUGCUGCAGCUGGUCAGAGUGUUCUGUUGCACUGGUCACCCGAGUGUAAAGUAGUUGGAUCAUCCGAUACCGAGAAAUGGAAGAUUGAAGUUGUUAAUAGGUUACAAGCCGGCAAGGUUACUCUAUUGGAAGAGGAAAGUUCAAUUGAUUUGGCAUCCUGUUCUGAACGCAUUCUUGGCUUAGUAACCGGAGGCCAGCUAAAAGUUAGACUAGGUAGUGCUGGCCUAUUUGAUAGUAAGCCUCAAAAAGUAACUUGCUCUUCUAAACACGAGAUCAAAAGGCUUCUUUGUGGCACUCAUUUCUUGGUGCUGAUUUAUGACCAGAAUGGGACAACUGAAACAGCUUUCUUUGCGGAUGAUUUAACUGAGGUGUAUAGUGAAGUGGGUCCCGUAGUAGCUGCUUGUGUCUCCGGUAGUUUUGUUGGUCUAGCCACCAGACACCAUAACCUCUUCAAACUAUCACUAUUCCGUUGGCAAGACGGCCAAAUCAAGCGGCUUUGGCAAUUUAUGCCUGAAUUGACUUCUUUAGACUGGCUAGGUAUUAACAAUGCCGGGGUUAUGGUAGUAGAAUCCCAAAAGACCCUUUAUGCAGUUGGCCACCAACGACUAGUCCGACUUAAUGGCGAGCCCCAAGGCAUUCCCUUGGGUAUUUCUGGCAGCUACUUAGUUUAUGCCCCCCGGGACAGUAAUGGCACUCCAUGUCUCUUCCCCGAGAAUGUUAAGUACGUAAAUCUAAUUCGAGAAAGUCUCUUUAACCACGCCAAUCCAGAUAUCAUGACACUUUUAGCCAAAGAAGUAAUUCCUUCUAUUGCUAUGUCCCUGGAUAUACCCAGUGUUCAGAGCAGCACUCCCAAAGAAAAUGCCCCAACGACUCGAUCGAGCACCAAAUCAAUUGCUUUAUAUGAGGAGUUCAACCGAAUCUCUAACCUUGACUCUCCCAGCCCACCUAACAAUUCUUUCUCUACACCAACCAAGUCCACUUCCACUCCAGCUACACCCACCAAGCAACCAUCCACCCCCUCUACCUCCACCACUCCGAGCACGCCUAUCAAGAAAACCAAAGUAGCUUAUACAAACCCCUUUGCCCGUAAACCCUAA